UGGCGAAGAGCCUGGAAGUGUUGAAGCACGGCCAUCUGUCGGGGGUGCUUUGACUGUGCCUCCCUGCCUGGCUGAAGGGGAUGGACUAGAUGCCCUUUGGGGGUCUCCUCCUCUGGAGGUUUUUGAACUGAGGCUGGAUGGCAAUCUGUUGGGAGGGCUUUGACUGUCUUCUUUUGUGGCUGAAAGGGGUUGGACUAGAUGUCCUUUAUGGAUCUCUUCAAAUGGAGUCUCCUCAGAGGUUUUGAAGCAGAGGCUGGAUGGUCAUCUGUUGGGAAGGCUUUCACUGUGACUUCCUGCCUGACUGAAGGGGCUUGGACUAGAUGUCCUUUAUGGAUCUCUUCAAAUGGAGUCUCCUCAGGAGGUUUUGAAGCAGAGGCUGGAUGGUCAUCUGUUGGGAAGGCUUUCACUGUGACUUCCUGCCUGACUGAAGGGGCUUGGACUAGAUGCCCUUUGGAGAUCCUUUCCAGCUCUAGUAAAGUAUAAACUGCCUUGGGUCCAGUGGAUUUUGCUUCCCUGGAGAUUUUAAAACAGAGUCUGGAUGGUCAUCUGUUGGGAAGGCUUUCACUGUGACUUCCUGCCUGACUGAAGGGGCUUGGACUAGAUGCCCUUUGGAGAUCCUUUCCAGCUCUAGUAAAGUAUAAACUGCCUUGGGUCCAGUGGAUUUUGCUUCCCUGGAGAUUUUAAAACAGAGUCUGGAUGGUCAUCUGUUGGGAAGGCUUUCACUGUGACUUCCUGCCUGACUGAAGGGGCUUGGACUAGAUGCCCUUUGGAGAUCCUUUCCAGCUCUAGUAAAGUAUAAACUGCCUUGGGUCCAGUGGAUUUUAUCUCCAGUGGUUGAUGCUGUAUUAUUACUCAUUUGUUCUGAUUGGAAGUUGUGGGAACCUAUCGCUUCAGGAGGGAUGACAUGUAACGGACCAGAAAACUCUGGGGCUGGUGCAACUCUGGAGGAGGACCCUGAGCCAGAGUUGGCACGCGAACUCUCCAGGCAGCAAACCUUUGCCAGUUUUCCAAGUGACUGCCCUGUUUCCUCUGCAGCUUUAGCUCAAGCUGGCUUUUUCUACACCGGAGAACGAGACCAAGUCAAGUGCUUUAGUUGCCACACAAUGGUGGAAGGAUGGCAAGAGGGAGACUCUGCAAUAGAAAGACACCGAACCAUCUUUCCAGAGUGCAGGUUUAUCAAUGACAUUGACAUUGGGAGGAACAAUACAUACUCUCUUCUCAAUUGUCAGCACGCUUCAGAAAAUGGUUCAGCAAGUACUUCUCAACAACAGCCUUCUCUUGAUGAGUCUUCGGAUUUUGAUGCGGAUUAUCUGCUGAGAACUGGGCAAGUGGUGGAUCUCUCUGGUUCCCUGUACCCUAGAAACCCUGCCAUGUGUAGUGAGGAAGCCAGGCUGAGGACUUUCCACAACUGGCCACCCUAUGCUCCUGUCACUCCACAGGACCUGGCCCACGCAGGACUCUAUUACACCGGCAUUGGUGAUCAGGUCGAGUGCUUUUGUUGUGGGGGAAAACUGAAAAACUGGGAACCGAGCGAUCAAGCGUGGUCGGAGCACAGGCGCCAUUUCCCAAGGUGUUUCUUUGUCCUUGGUCAUGAUGUUGGGAACCUUGAAAGUGUUGCAAAUCAUGCGGGUGACACGGAGCUCAAUAGAAGCAAUAAUGUUGUCCUCCCUCAAAAUCCAUGUAUGGCAGAUUAUGAAACCCGGCUCAAGACUUUUGUGGCAUGGCAUUAUUUGGUCAGUAAGGAACAGCUUGCUCGAGCAGGUUUUUAUAGCAUAGGUAAUGGUGAUAGUGUGGCUUGCUUUCACUGUGGUGGAGGACUGCAAGAAUGGAAGGCAUAUGAAGAUGCUUGGGAGCAGCAUGCAAAGUGGUUUCCUGGGUGCAAAUACGUGCUAGAAGAAAAGGGGCAAGACUUUGUAAACAGAGUUCAUUUAACUCAUUCAUUGCAGGAUUCUACAAUAGAGGAGAUUGAGAAGACGUCACCUAUUAAAGAUGAGGAGCUAUUACAGAGCCAAGUGGUACAGAAUGCAAUGCAAAUGGGUUUCACCUUGGACGAAAUUAGGAAAACAAUAGAAGGAAAGCGACACCUGUCUGCAGAGAGCUACAAGUCUGUGGAGGCUCUGGUGGCAGAUUUAAUAAAUGCCCAGAAAGAGAAAAUACUGAAUGAAUCCUGGGAAAAAGAACUCGGCACCGAAGAGAAGUUGAGACGUUUGCAGGAAGAAAAGCUCUGCAAAAUCUGUAUGGAUAAAACCAUCUCGGUGGUCCUCCUUCCGUGCGGACACCUGGUUGCUUGCAAGGACUGUGCGGAGGCGGUGGAGAAGUGCCCUCUGUGUUGCGCAGCGAUUGUGAAAAGGCAGAAGAUAUAUAUGUCUUAGUCAGAAGCACUGCGCAAGUGGGGAAGCUUGUCUUCCUUUUCAGAGAUCGACUAUAUAUGCAAUGUUAGCACAGAAAUGGACUCAAGGGGAAGACACUGCGAUUGAAUGCAUGGGUUUAUUGUAGAGAUCACAAAGUUGCAGAGUUCAAUAUAUAGCCUCAAUGCCCUGUUGUUAAGUAACACGUGGUCCUCAGGCUCCUGUGGGACUACAAAUCCCAUUAUUACAUGUUAUUUGGCUUUGUGACAAGAGCUGAUGGUAGUUGCAGCCAAUCCUUGCUCUAGUCUGCCAUGAAUUGUGCUUAGUUGCACAUCAGAGUUUCUCAUAGAUGAAAUUCUCUGCCGUUUAAAGUAUUUGGCAUUUCCCAACUAUUUCUGAAGUUCUCAUAAUUCACGUAUAAUUAAGCUGCUAUUAUUGUGUCUCAGAUAAGCUACCAAAAUAAUGUUGCAACAGUUGAGCUGCUCAGUGUCAAUGCAGGUAGCCGUGAGGUCUUGUCACUGUUUAAAAGGACACCAAAUGUGUAUAUGCAAUAACUAAUGAGUCCAUUGCUUUAAUGUAAUGUGAAGGUGGGUUAGAAUUAGAGGCUUUGGUCGCCUUUUGCACAUCCCAAUCCAUUAGCAGAAAAAGGAAGUGGGCUAGAAAGAUAAGCAAAUGGUAUCGCUUAACGGAAUCCUUCUGCAAGCUUUUUCACAUCAAAAUAGCAGUGGCAUAGAUCAUAUUUUUGUGAAUUACAAUGAUGCAUUUUGUGUUAAAUUCCAGUCUAGUAAAUUUUUAGUCUACCAUCUGGGCUCCAGUUCACAAUACUGACGUUUUCUCUUCAACUGACAUAUUGGACAGUAAAAUGCAUUCCUGUUUGAGAUGCAAGCAUUGCCUUGCCUCCCAAGACAUAGCUCCAAAAGUUUCAGUAGGUCAGGGUGCUCACUUGUUGUGUUUGAUCAAUUAGGUUUUACUUCUUAAUGUCGCGAAUAGAUCCUUCAAGAUCUCAUACGCUGUUUUCAUUCAUUGAAUUAUGUCUUUAUACACUUUUGCACAGUUUCUGUGGCUCUUGCAUAGCAGUACAAAUUACAUUAUUUUCCAUCAUCAUUGCAGCAAAAUCUACAAAUAUAUCCUCACGCUACUACUUAUUGCUCACCCUAGAAACACUAUAUGAGCACUUAUGUUUAACACGCGUCUCAGUAGAAAGCCAACCACUGUAAUGUUGCUCUAGACAUACAUUUGUAAUUUCUUUGGGGUUUAUGCAUGAAUUAUCUAGGAACAGAAUUGCACAUGUUAAAAGUGCUUCCAGGAAAGGCUUCCUAUAGAUUUUUGUAAGGCGCAGUGUAAUCAUCUCAAAAAGAAACCGAGUCCCAGGGAUUUUAUAAUUAAGAUUGACAAAGUAGACUUUGUGUAUCUCUGCGUCCAUUGAUCGGGCGUCAAGUGGCUUUUCGAAAACUGACACACAUUUAAAUUGAAACAAUUUUUUCCAAAAUGAAUAAAUCAUCCAUGAUCAAACUUACACACUAGAGUUCUCUUUUAUCUCCUGUUGAUAUGAUAGUAAUCUAAAAGCCACAUGUAUUGAGUCAAAUCCAUAUAAUGCUGCUAUUUAACCUUAGCUGAUUUCAGCGAGGUUAGUGGAAGAGCACAAUAUAAAGGAAAUUAAGAGCAUGAACGAAUUGCACUCUUUGUUGGUCGUUGGCCGUCCUAUAUAAAUCUUCCAUUUUGUGUUGGCAAUACAACCAAAUGUUAUAUGGGAAGGCACUUCACAGCGUUGGUUCACAGGUAUUUUUCCCCCAUCGUGUUUAAAAAAAAAAUCAUUUUAAUUUCCUUGGUUUUUAUGAUCUGUGUAUGUUUUGUAUAUGUGACAUGAUUAUUUAUAAAAACAGAUUUGGAAUCAAACUAUGUAAUGAGUUCGGUUGUAAAGGUUGUUGAUUAAACAAAUACUAUCCCCCAAUCACAAACUUGGAGUUAUAUAAAUAUGGAUGUACAAAUUAUAUUUUAGAAUCCUGUAAUAAUGCAGUAUCAGAACUGUUUUGCAAACUCAGUUUGAUCAUUUUUAAUAAAGUGAUGUUUCUUACAGUUUUCUACCA